CUGAGCCUUGAGCGCGGCUCCGUUAGUUAGUUAGUUAGUUAGUUUGUUUUUGUUUUUCUCAUCCGGGGCCUCGGAGCCGGGACAGCAUGAGCGUGCAGCCUCGCCGCUACGGCGGCCGCACGGGCUCUUCUCGGUCUCCCGGUCUCCAGUGAGAGAGAGGAGAGAGAGAGAGAGAGAGGGAACGCGAGCCGGCCGGGAAGAUGGGGGCCGUGCUGAGGAGCCUCCUGGCCUGCAGCUUCUGCGUGCUCCUGAGAGCGGCCCCUUUGUUGCUUUAUGCAAACAGACGGGACUUGCGCUUGGUCGAUGCUGCGCACGGCCGAGAGAACGCUACGGUUGUAGUCGGAGGCCUGGAGGAUGCGGCCGCCGUGGACUUCGUCUUUGGUCAUGGCUUGAUCUACUGGAGUGACGUCAGUGAAGAAGCCAUUAAACGAACAGAGUUUAACAAAACUGAGAGUGUGCAGAAUAUUGUCAUUUCUGGAUUACUGUCUCCGGAUGGGCUGGCAUGUGAUUGGCUGGGAGAAAAAUUAUACUGGACAGAUUCUGAAACGAAUCGGAUUGAAGUUUCUAAUUUAGAUGGGUCUUUACGAAAAGUUUUAUUUUGGCAAGAGUUGGAUCAACCCAGAGCUAUUGCCUUAGAUCCUUCAAGUGGGUUCAUGUACUGGACAGACUGGGGAGAAGUGCCAAAGAUAGAACGUGCUGGAAUGGAUGGCUCAAAUCGUUUCAUUAUAAUAAACACUGAAAUUUACUGGCCAAAUGGACUGACUUUGGAUUAUGAGGAACGGAAGCUUUAUUGGGCAGAUGCAAAACUUAAUUUCAUCCAUAAAUCAAACCUGGAUGGAACAAAUCGGCAGGCAGUGGUUAAAGGUUCCCUUCCACAUCCUUUUGCCUUGACGUUAUUUGAGGACACAUUGUAUUGGACUGACUGGAAUACGCACUCCAUUUUGGCUUGCAACAAGUAUACUGGCGAGGGUCUGCGUGAAAUCCACUCUAACAUCUUCUCUCCCAUGGAUAUACAUGCCUUCAGCCAGCAGAGGCAGCCAAAUGCUACAAAUCCAUGUGGCGUUGAUAAUGGUGGUUGUUCCCAUUUGUGUUUGAUGUCUCCAGUCAAGCCUUUUUAUCAGUGUGCUUGCCCAACGGGGGUCAGACUCCUGGAGAACGGAAAAACCUGCAAAGAUGGUGCCACUGAACUAUUGCUUUUAGCACGACGGACAGACUUGAGACGAAUUUCUCUGGAUACACCUGAUUUUACAGACAUUGUCCUGCAGUUAGAAGAUAUCCGGCAUGCCAUCGCCAUAGACUAUGAUCCCGUGGAAGGCUAUAUCUACUGGACGGAUGAUGAAGUGAGAGCCAUCCGCCGUUCCUUCAUUGAUGGGUCUGGCAGUCAGUUUGUGGUCACUGUUCAGAUUGCCCAUCCUGAUGGCAUUGCUGUUGACUGGGUUGCACGAAAUCUGUACUGGACAGACACGGGCACGGAUCGGAUUGAAGUGACAAGACUCAAUGGUACCAUGAGGAAGAUUGUGAUUUCAGAGGACCUAGAGGAACCCCGGGCUAUUGUGUUAGAUCCCAUGGUUGGGUACAUGUAUUGGACUGACUGGGGAGAAAUCCCAAAAAUUGAGCGAGCUGCUCUGGAUGGUUCUGACCGAAUAGUAUUGGUUAAUACUUCUCUUGGUUGGCCAAAUGGUUUAGCCUUGGAUUAUGAUGAAGGCACAAUAUACUGGGGAGAUGCUAAAACAGACAAAAUUGAGGUCAUGAAUACGGAUGGCACUGGGAGGCGAGUGCUGGUGGAAGACAAAAUCCCUCACAUAUUUGGGUUUACCUUGCUGGGAGACUACGUGUACUGGACUGACUGGCAGAGGCGCAGCAUCGAAAGAGUGCACAAGCGAAGUGCAGAGAGGGAGGUCGUCAUAGACCAGCUGCCUGACCUCAUGGGGCUGAAGGCCACAAAUGUUCACCGAAUCAUUGGUUCCAACCCCUGUGCUGAAGAAAAUGGGGGAUGUAGCCACCUUUGCCUCUAUAGGCCUCAAGGCCUUCGCUGCGCCUGUCCCAUUGGCUUUGAACUCAUCAGUGACAUGAAGACCUGCAUUGUUCCAGAGGCAUUCCUUUUGUUUUCACGGAGAGCUGAUAUCAGGCGGAUUUCUUUGGAAACCAACAAUAAUAAUGUGGCCAUUCCACUCACUGGAGUCAAAGAAGCUUCCGCUUUGGAUUUUGAUGUCACAGACAAUCGGAUUUACUGGACUGACAUAUCACUUAAGACCAUCAGCAGAGCCUUUAUGAAUGGCAGUGCACUGGAACAUGUGGUGGAAUUUGGCUUAGAUUAUCCAGAAGGCAUGGCAGUGGACUGGCUUGGGAAGAACUUGUACUGGGCAGACACAGGGACAAAUCGAAUUGAGGUGUCAAAAUUGGAUGGACAACACCGACAAGUUCUGGUGUGGAAAGACCUCGAUAGCCCCCGGGCUCUUGCCUUGGACCCUGCUGAAGGAUUUAUGUACUGGACUGAAUGGGGUGGAAAACCAAAGAUAGACAGAGCUGCUAUGGAUGGAAGUGAACGAACUACGUUAGUCCCAAAUGUUGGGCGGGCAAACGGCCUAACUAUUGAUUAUGCUAAGAGGAGGCUUUAUUGGACAGACCUGGACACCAACUUAAUAGAAUCUUCAAAUAUGCUUGGACUCAACCGUGAAGUUAUAGCAGAUGACUUGCCUCAUCCUUUUGGCUUAACUCAGUACCAAGAUUACAUCUACUGGACAGACUGGAGCCGACGCAGCAUUGAACGUGCCAACAAGACAAGCGGCCAAAACCGAACCAUCAUCCAGGGCCAUUUGGACUAUGUGAUGGAUAUCCUUGUCUUUCACUCUUCUCGGCAGGCAGGGUGGAAUGAGUGUGCUUCCAGUAAUGGGCACUGCUCCCACCUCUGCUUAGCGGUGCCAGUUGGAGGCUUCGUGUGUGGGUGCCCUGCCCACUACUCCCUGAAUGCCGACAACAGGACUUGUAGUGCUCCUACCACUUUCCUGCUCUUCAGUCAAAAGAGUGCCAUUAACCGCAUGGUGAUUGAUGAACAACAGAGUCCUGACAUCACCCUUCCUAUCCAGAGCCUCCGGAAUGUUCGGGCAAUUGAUUAUGACCCACUGGACAAGCAACUCUAUUGGAUCGACUCACGACAGAACAUGAUCCGAAAGGCACAGGAAGAUGGUAGCCAGGGGUUUACUGUUGUUGUGAGCUCAGUUCCAAAUCAGAACCUAGAAAUACAGCCAUAUGACCUCAGCAUUGAUAUUUAUAGCCGCUACAUCUACUGGACUUGUGAGGCUACCAACGUCAUUGACGUGACAGGAUUGGAUGGGACAUCAAUUGGAGUGGUUCUGAAAGGCGAGCAAGACAGACCUCGAGCCAUUGUGGUAAACCCAGAGAAAGGGUAUAUGUAUUUUACCAAUCUUCAGGAAAGAUCUCCCAAAAUUGAGCGAGCCGCGCUGGACGGGACAGAACGGGAGGUGCUCUUUUUCAGUGGCUUGAGCAAACCCGUCGCCUUGGCUCUCGACAGCAGGCUUGGCCGGCUCUUCUGGGCUGACUCGGAUCUCCGGCGGAUUGAAAGCAGUGACCUCUCAGGCGCCAACAGGAUGGUGGUAGAAGAUUCUAACAUCCUGCAGCCUGUAGGUCUGACUGUGUUUGAAAAUUGGCUUUACUGGAUUGACAGGCAGCAACAAAUGAUUGAAAAAAUUGACAUGACUGGACGAGAAGGCAGAACCAAAGUCCAAGCACGCAUUGCCCAGCUCAGUGACAUCCAUGCAGUAAAGGAACUGAACCUCCAGGAAUACAGACAGCACCCCUGUGCUCAAGAUAAUGGUGGCUGUUCACACAUCUGCCUCGUAAAAGGAGAUGGAACUACAAGGUGCUCUUGUCCCAUGCACCUGGUUCUGCUUCAGGAUGAGCUGUCCUGUGGAGAACCCCCAACGUGCUCUCCUCAGCAGUUCACUUGUUUCACCGGGGAAAUUGACUGUAUCCCGGUAGCUUGGCGAUGUGAUGGGUUCACUGAAUGUGAAGACCACAGUGAUGAGCUCAACUGUCCUGUCUGCUCAGAGUCCCAGUUCCAGUGUGCCAGUGGGCAGUGCAUUGAUGGUGCCCUUCGAUGCAAUGGAGAUGCAAACUGCCAGGAUAAGUCAGAUGAGAAGAACUGUGAAGUGCUUUGUUUAAUUGAUCAGUUCCGCUGUGCCAAUGGUCAGUGUGUUGGAAAGCACAAGAAAUGUGAUCAUAAUGUGGAUUGCAGUGACAAAUCUGAUGAACUGGAUUGUUACCCAACUGAAGAGCCAGCACCACAGGCCACCAACACGGUUGGUUCAGUUAUUGGAGUAAUCGUCACCAUUUUUGUGUCUGGAACCAUAUACUUUAUCUGCCAGAGGACGCUGUGUCCACGUAUGAAAGGAGAUGGGGAAACCAUGACUAACGACUAUGUGGUUCAUGGACCAGCUUCUGUGCCCCUUGGCUACGUGCCACACCCAGGCUCCCUGUCGGGAUCUCUUCCAGGAAUGUCUCGAGGUAAAUCGAUGAUAAGCUCCCUCAGCAUCAUGGGGGGAAGCAGUGGGCCCCCCUACGACCGUGCGCAUGUCACAGGGGCAUCGUCGAGCAGUUCUUCAAGCACCAAAGGCACUUACUUCCCCACAAUUUUGAACCCACCACCAUCCCCUGCUACAGAGCGAUCACAUUACACUAUGGAAUUUGGUUACUCUUCAAACAGUCCUUCUACACAUAGAUCCUACAGCUACAGACCGUACAGCUACCGCCACUUCGCGCCCCCCACCACACCCUGCAGCACCGACGUCUGUGACAGCGACUGCGCACCCAGCCGCAGGGUGACCUCCACAGCCACCACCAAGGGCUACACCAGUGACUUGAACUACGACUCGGAGCCCGUGCCCCCACCGCCCACGCCCCGAAGCCAGUACUUGUCGGCCGAGGAGAACUAUGAGAGCUGCCCCCCCUCUCCCUACACAGAGCGGAGUUACUCCCACCACCUCUACCCGCCGCCCCCCUCCCCGUGCACGGACUCCUCCUGAGGCGGGGCCCUCCUCCUCUGACCGCCUCCACCGGGAAAUGUAAAUACUGUCUGGUUGAGAUCUGGAGGGGGGGAGGGAGCUGCGAGAGAAGGGUGUUGCAGACCAUGUACAGUUAACAUUAUAGAGAGGGGGUGCUGGAGAUAUUUGUACAGAAGAAAGGAUAUUUAUAUUUUCUUAAAACAGCACAUUUGCUGCUUGUGCCAUAAAAGUUUGUAUAAAAAAUAAAUUUGUACUAAAAGUUUUAUUUUUACAAACUAAAUACACAGAGCAUGCCUUAAACCCAGUGAAGUGGCUGAGUACAAAGGAGACAGGAAUAACAAAGGCACCACUGACCAGGAAUGUGUGGCUUUUUUGAUACCAAAAACUAAGGAAAAGAAGAAAUCAAGUCCAUCUCAGCGUGGCAACCAUAGAGACUUGGAAGUAGCCUAAUAGCCUUCAGGUUCACUAGUAUUUGAGGGCCAACAGGUAAAAUCAUGAAAGGGAAAAAAAAAAAAGCAUACUAACCUUAGCCAAGGGCUUUGUUU